AUGAUACUCAUUCCGGCACUCUUUCUCACUGCGCUUUUGGCGUGUUUUCAAAAGGGAGAAGCGAUGGACGAAUCCAGCCAGUGGGCCGAGGAAGGGCAAGAAAGGCAACUGAGUUGCGAAUCAACAUGUCCAACACAAUGUAGCCGUCAUGACUGGUUCAUCGACCUAGUACAGCUCUUAGAAAAAGGACAACCAAGAGAAGCUGUGCAAAGAGCAUUGGGAAGGGUGAAAAGGAAAGAUGAAGGACAAAAGGCGGGGGGUGGAGGAGGUCGGUGAUGCAAGAAGAGCUUGCGUAGCAACAAGAAGAAAAAUCUGGAGGUGUAUCUGUAGUGUAAAUGAACAAAACGUAGUGUUUCGGAGUCAC